AUGGUAUUCCCGUUAAGUGUAGCGCAAGGGCUUUCCAAUCUGAGACGUUUAAAGAUUUCGAGUUGUGACAGUUUGAUGGUUGUGAUUUCUGGUGGAGACGAGCAAUUGCAAGCAACUGGUAGUGACGAAAUUGAGCAAACAGAGGAUAGUGAAACCGAAGUGGGCAUACAUGAUGAUGCAAAUAUUGUGUUCCCCAGACUUAUCCGUAUUUCCCUUUCGGGUUUGCCCAAACUAAAGAGCUUCUACUCAGGGGAUUCUACAGUCAAAUAUCCUUCUUUGGAGUUUAUCAAGUACACGUACCAAGAGAGCUAUAUGAAAAUAAUGAAGAAUGCGUUGGUGCAAGAAGAAGAAACUUCUUAUGUCUCACUAGCUUCUCGUUAG